CUCUAAACACCACCUAUGUAUCCCUUCAUACGAUGGUCCCUGGUGCGUCUGCGCAGUCGUAGCCAGAGCAGGGAGAGAUGUCUUCGUCAUAGAUUUAUGUGGAGAAAAUAACUUCAUCAGCUAUGAGUUGUGUGAGGACAAUGUUCUAAAGGUCACGAAAAUUCACGACAAGUAUUACAAGAUAUAUUUCCCCACCGGUACGUCACUUGCCAUUUAUAUCAUGGAGUGGAGUGGACAUUAUAACAUCGACCUAGAAAUCCUCCCCUCUGCGAUGGAUAUAGGAAAUGCUGACGGUUUAUGUGGAUACUUUGAUGGUGUUAGGGAAAACGACUUCAGAAGGCGAAACAGUACGAUUACAGAUGACAUCAAUUUGACUUAUCCUAAUGACUUCUCAAAGUCAUGGAUGAUUCCGGACAACGAAAAUCUUUUCAGUGGUAACUCCUUAGUUUACAAUAGUUUGGAAUCAGUGUCCUCCAUUCUAGUACCUCACUGCGCAUGCACGGAGGACGGUAAAACCCAGUGCUCUUACAACACUUUUACACCCUGCAACUCAAACCGAGGCAAACAGUAUGAAUGUAAUGUAGAUCUUGUAAAGAACAGAAGACGAAAACGGGAUGUUUCCGAUAUGUCCGUGGAAAGGGAUUAUUUAUUAAGAAGGAAACGUACAAUUUCUUACGUACAGACCACUGAAUACGCAGAGAGUGUUUGUCUCCAGGCUUUUGAAAAUUCUCCUGAAUACAACACUUGCCAACAACAUGUGUCCGACCUUAGUAAUGUAACCUUGUCCAACUGCAUCGAAGACAUAAGAUUGACAGGCGAUGAUAACCUAACACAGAUUCACAUUGAGGCCGCUCUACAGCAAUGUUCUACGUUUGUGUUUUUAAAUGCCACAUUGCAAGAGUCAGAACCGGAAGUAACCAAAACAAUACAAAACCUCUGUCCCAAUAACUGUUCCGGUCUUGGCACGUGUGAUGGUGGUAACUGCACCUGUGACACUGGAUUUGGAGGGAGCGACUGUUCCUUUGAUUUACUCGCACCUCCUACAGUAACCAGUGUUCCCGGGGCCGGUCUAUGUGAUCUGUCCAAUAAAGCCUGUAAAGAGGCAACAAUAAUGGGAAAAACAUUCUUUGAAAACAUGAACUCAGUAUGCUUUCUUAAUGUGAAACAGACAAAGAUUAACCAAACAGAAGAAAGUCAGCAAAGACAGAUGAAUUUACAAGACAGAACACUAUUCGAGGGAUUCUGCCCGCUUCCAUACGAUACAACUGACAUCUGGACGACCGAAAUAAAGUUCAACAUCUCCAAUGACGGUGUACGUUAUACAGACACGUAUAAUGUUAUUAUAUACCAAUCUCACUGUCAGGAGUAUCACAACGAAUCAGGGAAUGUGUAUUUCACUUUAAAGGAUAAUUUCUGUUACAUCGAUAGUACAUGUAUCAGCCCCAUGCAAAUUAGUUCAACCAACGAGUGUCUUUACUGCAAUGCAACGAAUGAUAAGUACAACUGGACAGAAAACCAAUUAUGUGGUCAAACAACAAUCGAAAGCAUGCCAACAACAAUAUUACAAGAAUCCACAUCGAAGGGAUCAUCGGAACAAAAUGAAGAGAAAACAACAUCUAUUACCACUAUUGUGAAAGACGAAACAACAUAUACAAAAACAAUCUCUCCAGUUACAAGUGCAGAGGACGAAUACAUAAAAGUGAACAAAACCCAUCUGAUCGUUGGAGUCUCCACUUCCAUUGUUGGAAUAGUUUUAUUAAUGAUAAUCAUAGGACUGGUAGCCAGAAAAUGUAGCAAAUCAAAUGAUCAUCAAAAAAGCAAACAGGAUGAUGGUGAACCAAUCAGAAACUGGAGAGACCUUGCCUUGGCGGGAAAACAGUACAAUGCCAAUUCCUUCUUAUCCUAUAACAGAAAUCCCUACUUUGCUCGAGCAUCUCUGCAUCACCCCAAUUCUAAUGAAGAAUCUCGUUAUAUAGACUCCAGUAAAUAUCAGAGAUAUUGACAACUUUUGUCUGUUCUUCUUCCUUGCACAUAGACAUUGAUUAUCCUAUUCUUGUGCUAUGUUUUGUAUAUAUUAUUUGCUUUCAAACUGCUUGAAGAGACAUUCUGAUACUGUAUUUUAUAACCUUAUAUACACAUGUAUUUGUAUAAUUUGAUAAUUUUAUUGUGAAUGUUAUUUUUCCCUUACCUUAAGAGGAUUGAUAUUUGAAAUUAGAAAUCAUUGUAACAUUCAAAAAAGUAGAUUAAUAACGUUAUCUGUAAUUGCAAAAAUUAAAUUACGUGCAUAUGAACAUCUCGAUAGGUCGUAUAUGUUUCAAGAAUAAGAAGACAAGUUGCUGUCCUUUAAAAAAGGACUGCAAUACGUGGACCAUAUGCAUGUGUUUCUAACCGAAAUUCAAUUUAAGAAAAUUUCUAGGUGUAGUAAAUAUUCAUGUAGGUUUGGUUCACAUUUUCUACAAUGAUCUGCCUACUAAUGACUGAUUGUAGUCUCAAAGCGAAAUU